CACGAGGAGAUGACUUUAGUCACUCUGAUGCCUACGAAUCAAGUGUGACGUGUCUCCAGAUACUUGAUGGUGUUGUCCUCUGACAUCUCCAUACCACUGCGCCACACAGCUCCUGAAACAUGGGGGAAAACGAAGAUGAGAAGCAGAGCCAGGCCGGGCAGGUUUUCGAGAACUUUGUCCAGGCUUCCACGUGCAAAGGCACCCUCCAGGCCUUCAACAUCCUCACACGACACCUGGACCUAGACCCUCUGGACCACAGGAACUUUUAUUCCAAGCUCAAGUCCAAGGUGACCACCUGGAAGGCCAAAGCCCUGUGGUACAAACUGGACAAGCGUGGAUCUCACAAGGAGUACAAGCGAGGGAGGUCCUGUAUGAACACCAAGUGUCUCAUCAUUGGGGGAGGACCAUGUGGUUUGCGCACUGCCAUUGAACUUGCCUACCUAGGGGCCAAAGUGGUUGUGGUGGAGAAGAGGGACACCUUCUCCAGGAACAACGUGCUGCAUCUGUGGCCUUUCACCAUCCAUGACCUGCGGGGCCUGGGAGCCAAGAAGUUCUAUGGGAAGUUCUGCGCUGGCUCCAUUGACCACAUCAGCAUUCGUCAGCUGCAGCUCAUCCUAUUCAAGGUGGCCCUGAUGCUGGGAGUUGAAAUCCACGUGAACGUGGAGUUUGUGAAGGUUCUAGAGCCUCCUGAAGAUCAAGAAAAUCAAAAAAUCGGCUGGCGGGCGGAAUUUCUCCCUGCGGACCACUGUCUGUCGGACUUUGAGUUCGAUGUCAUCAUUGGUGCCGACGGCCGCAGGAACACACUGGAAGGGUUCAGAAGGAAAGAAUUCCGUGGGAAGUUGGCUAUUGCCAUCACCGCCAACUUCAUAAACAGAAACAGCACGGCUGAGGCCAAGGUGGAAGAGAUUAGUGGCGUGGCUUUCAUCUUCAACCAGAAAUUUUUUCAGGACCUUAAAGAAGAAACAGGGAUUGAUCUUGAGAACAUUGUUUACUAUAAGGACUGCACCCACUAUUUUGUCAUGACUGCCAAGAAGCAGAGCCUGCUUGACAAAGGGGUCAUCGUUAAUGACUACAUUGACACAGAGAUGCUGCUGUGCGCAGAGAACGUGAACCAGGACAACCUGCUUUCCUACGCCCGUGAGGCCGCAGAUUUCGCCACCAAUUACCAGUUGCCAUCGCUAGACUUCGCUCUGAACCACUACGGGCAGCCUGACGUGGCCAUGUUUGACUUCACCUCCAUGUACGCCUCAGAGAACGCGGCCUUGGUGCGCGAGCGCCAGUCCCACCAGCUCCUCGUGGCCCUGGUGGGCGACAGCUUACUUGAGCCAUUUUGGCCCAUGGGCACAGGUUGUGCCCGGGGCUUCCUGGCAGCCUUUGACACAGCCUGGAUGGUGAAAAACUGGGAUCAGGGCACCCCUCCCCUGGAGCUGCUUGCUGAAAGAGAGAGUCUUUACCGGCUGUUACCUCAGACCACUCCGGAGAACAUCAACAAGAACUUUGAGCAGUACACACUGGACCCAGGGACACGGUACCCAAAUCUUAACUCCAGCUGUGUCCGGCCCCAUCAGGUGAAGCAUUUGUAUAUCACUAAGGAGCUGCACCCAUGCGCUCUCGAGAGGCUGAGCUCGGUGAGGAGAUCCAUGAGUCUCUCCAGGAGGGAGCUAGACAUCCGGCCCAGCAAGCUCUUAACCUGGUGCCAGCAGCAAACUGAGGGUUACCAGCACGUCGAGGUCACUGACCUGACCACAUCCUGGCGCAGUGGCCUGGCCCUGUGUGCCAUCAUCCACCGCUUCCGGCCUGAGCUGAUCAACUUUGACUCUCUGAACGAAGAUGACGCUGUGGAGAACAACCAGCUGGCAUUUGACGUGGCCGAGCGUGAGUUUGGCAUACCCCCGGUGACCACGGGCAAGGAGAUGGCGUCAGCCCAGGAGCCCGACAAGCUCAGCAUGGUCAUGUACCUCUCCAAGUUCUACGAGCUCUUCCAGGCCACCCCGCUGAGGCCUGUGGAUUCUUGGGGCAAAAACUAUGGAGAAAAUGCUGACCUCAGUUUGGCCAAAUCCUCCAUUUCUCAUAACUAUCUCAACCUCACAUUUCCGAGAAAGAGGACGCCACGGGUGGACACCCAGACUGAAGACAGCGACAUGAACAAACGGAGGCGGAAAGGCUUCAACAACCUGGAUGAGCCUUCAGCCUAUCCCAGCCGCGGCCUGCGCUCCAGUCCAGAGGGCAGCAGCGGGAGAGAAGUGGGAAGCCAGAACAAAGUCAAGUCCAUGGCAAGUCAGCUGCUGGCCAAGUUCGAAGAGAAUUCUCGGAACCCCUCGCUCCUGAGGCAGGAAUCCAUGCGGAAGGUGUUCCCCCUGAACCUGGGCGGCAGCGACACCUGUUACUUCUGUAAGAAGCGUGUGUACGUGAUGGAGCGGCUGAGCGCCGAGGGCCACUUCUUCCACCGGGAGUGCUUCCGCUGUAGCGUCUGCGCCAGCACCCUGCGUCUGGCCGCCUACGCCUUCGACGGUGACGAAGGCAAGUUUUUCUGCAAGCCUCAUUUCAUUCACUGUAAGACCAACAGUCAGCAGAGGAAGAGACGAGCAGAGUUGAAGCAACAAAGAGAGGAGGAGGGACCGUGGAAGGAGCAAGAGGCCCCUCGGCGAGACACCCCCGUGGAAAGUUCUUGCGCAGCGGCUGCCAUUGGCACGCCCGAAGGCAGCCCUCCAGAUGAGCCAACCUCCCCCAAGAAGCCCAAGAGUGUUCUGGAGCCAGAGCCCAGUGAUAUGGAAGGUGAAGCCACCUCUCUCCUGACCUCUGAGUGGACCUCAGUGAAGAUCAGCCCUGGGGAGGACGUAGUUGGACAAGAGAUGAUGGCUGUGCGUGUCCUGGUCACCAGUGAUGACAGCAGCUCCGAGGCAGAGCCAGACUGCCCCGGCAGUGAGGCUUCCAGUGCCCAACCCCAUGAGAAGAGCCCCCGGUGGCCAGAACCCCCGCCCCUCCCGGAGCCCCUCACCAGGCACAGCUCUCUGAGAGAGGCCUUGACCAGGAAAGUCUCGCCACGGUGCCCUGAGGAGUCACAAGCUGUGCACGCUCUGCAACGGGCCAGUAGCUUCCAGUCUCCAAGUCCCAGCAAAUACCAGAGCUGGAGAAGAAAAUUCCAGUCGAGUCGGAUGCCAGUGAACAACAAAAAAACUAUGUCACCUUCAAAGGAACCUGCUCCUCUUUCUUCUUCCUCGUCAUCUCCUCCCCCAUCUUCCCCGCCAUCUUUCUCUUCAGUCAGCGUCCCAGGGAAUGCUCUGGAUGGCUUCUCCCUACCUCAGGUGACAGCUGACAGCCUGCCCUCACAGGUCUCAAGAGGUCACUGCAGCCCUUCCACUCCAAUCUUCCUGAGGCGCGCCAGAGCCCAAGGGGUACCCAAGGACAUGCCCCUGUAUCUGCCCCAUGGCCAAGUACUGGAGCGGGCAGAGUACUUCAUGGUGAGGCCUGGUGAAGAUGGCCUUGCCAGCCUCCAGCCCCCCAGCCCUGCAGAGAUGGCUUCUGAUGGGUGUCACGAAGCAGAGGCCUCUCUUGGGGACACCAGUAGCAUCCACAGAGGCCCAGACCCCACUGGAGGGACGAACAGGUGUUUGCCAGACCCAGAGGUAUCUCCCAGGGCUGGAGAGGACCCAGGAGAAAAGAACAGCAGACCCAGCAAGGGAGAGGAGAACAGGUCAGAGCUGGCAGAGGGGAAGAAGUUGGGCUUGAAGAAGUUAGUCCUCACCCCGGAGCAGAAGACAAAGCUACUGGACUGGGACAAUUCCAUCCCUGAGAGUGUGAGCCUGGAAGCUGGGGCACAGCCUGUCCAGAGAAGUGCUGGCAAUGGUAGGGGAGGCCGUGUGCCGAAACCAGUUAGUCCCUUGCAGCUCCCCUGGACAGCGAGAGAGAACCCGCCUGCCCAGGGAAGGGCUCAGGAGAAGACGGGGACACCAGCUGAACGGGCUCCACCCAAGUCCCCACUUCGGCUCAUAGCAAAUGUCUUGCGAAGGUCCCUGGAUCCCUUCCUCCCCAACUCAGAAGGUGGGAGGAAGGCCUCUGCCAAGCCAGAAUCAAGGAACCUGCCCACCAGCCAGCCACAUGGUAGCACUCGCUCAUUCAGCCUUCGAAAAACCAGUUCCAAUAAAGACGGCAGCCAGCAGUCCCUGGGGAGAGACAUGGCGAGUAGAGCUUCAGCCUUCUUCUCCUGGGGCUCCCCACCUGCCAGGGCUGCCCAGCCCUCAUACCCUAGCCCUCCAGACCUUGCCCUCCGCACUCACAGUUUGCCCAACCGACCAUCCAAGGUCUUUCCAGCGUUCCUGGCCCCUCCCUGCCACAAGAUGGAAGAUGUCCCCACACUCCUUGAGAAAGUGAGUUUGCAAGAGACGUCCCCAGAUGCUUCUAGGGUUCCAAAGGGAAAAAUCUCGCUCUUUUCCUCCCUCAGACUCAAAGACAAAUCUUUUGAGAGUUCCCUCCAAGAAUCCAAACAAAGAAAGGACCUCCAGGACCUCUUCAGCAACCCCAGGGGAGCAGGGGAGCUGAUGGACAGCACCCCGCCCCUGGAGAAGCUGGCACAGCCUUUCAAUAGCACCGGCCUGGGGCACAGAGUCCCUCCUCCUUCUCCAGACAAAGAUGCAAGUUCCAAACACAUCCCUAGCCGAGGGCAGGUGACAGGGGCCGCCUCUUCUACUUCCUCCAGCAACUCCUCCUCUGCAGAUGAAGGGUUUCAUCCCCAGCCUUCCUUGCGGUCAAAGGAAAGGAAGACGCUCAGAAGAAGAAGGAAGCUGGAGAGAGCAACAAAACAGUUGGUUAAGCAAGAAGAAUUGAAAAGACUUCAUAAAGCUCAGGCCAUCCAGAGGCAGCUGGAGGAGGUGGAGGAGCGCCAGAGGGCUUCAGAGAUCCAAGGCGUGAGGCUGGAGAAGGCGCUGAGAGGGGAAGCAGAUUCAGGCACACAAGAUGAAGCACAGCUUUUGCAGGAAUGGUUUAAGCUGGCUCUGGAGAAGAAUAAAUUAAUGCGAUAUGAGUCGGAGCUACUGAUCAUGGCCCAAGAAUUAGAAUUGGAAGAUCAUCAAAGCAGACUGGAACAGAAAUUAAGACAGAAAAUGCUCAAGGAGGAGAGCCAGAAAGAUGAGAAUGAUCUGAAUGAGGAGAGAGAAAUAUUCAGCGAGAUGAUGCAAGUGAUUGAACAAAGGGACAGACUCGUGGACUCCUUAGAGGAGCAGCGCAUAAAAGAAAAGGCUGAAGACCAGCACUUUGAAAGCUUCAUAUUCUCCAGGGGCUGUCAGCUGAGCAGGACGUGAGCAGGCCCAAGGGGCGCUCUCCGGAUGCUGGCUGAGGGCGGAUGGGGCCAGGAACACCCCACGCACUCACAAUUCCUUUGGCAGGAUCUGGGGUACCUGGAACUUAAGCGAUGCCCUAUUGCCAUCUUUUCUUAAACAUGAAAAUUCUCCCAUCUGGAGUACAGCUGCCCGAGACCCUUCCAGAGAUUCUAAUGAAGAAAAUACAAAGACUGUUAUGAGAUCAGCAGUCCCUCUGGCAGGUCUCACCUUGGAGGUGACCUUGGCAGAUGACCAGCAUUGUUUUCCUGAGAAAGGGGCACGGAGAUUGACUUUCCUGCUGCCUUUACCAUUUAUCUUCCCAAUUCAUUGAGUUACACAUCUCCAGGUUUUUAAGAAGCUGCCUUUUCAUUAAUAUAUCCAUAUUUGCCUUUUUUUUUUUUU